UAUUUCUACAUUAUAUAAAAAAAUACAAGGUUUGCAGCACGAUUUUAAGCUUAUUUAUUGUAAGGCUAGAAAAUAUGCUUGCAGCUAAAUUUACCGCACUCAAGAUUGAAGACGUGCAUUAGAUUGUAAAUCUAAGAAUUUUGUAGUUUCAACAUACAACAGUUGCAAAGGAAAACUGAACUAAAAUAUUCUGUGCUUAAAACACACACCUUCAGGCAUUUCCAACCGUUCGUCUGCGUUUAAAUGUGCAAUUUCUGGAUGUAUUUUUUUAGCAGAAGUAGACAUUAACGCAUAAAAUUUAGGAACACUCAAAAUUUAGGAACAGCAAAAACUUCAUAAAAUACAGUACUAGGAAAUUGAAAGUUCAGCAAACUGAACCAAAGGCCAAAAAAUAUCUGCCGAAACCCGGGAUCGAACCAGGGACCUUUAGAUCUUCAGUCUAACGCUCUCCCAACUGAGCUAUUUCGGCUCUAUAUUGGAGCUUAACCUCAGAACAUCUGAGCCUUUUUUCUUAUUUUAAUCUCAAGUAUUCUUCUUCCUUCUGGGGGUCGUGUGGAUAUAGUGCAAGCUCUUACUAGGGUAUGAAACGUACACUUCGAUUAGUCAACUUUUAACAGCACUUUGCCAAUUUACAGUUUUGUCGCGGGACCCGUAUAUACAACAGGGCAGAAAGUUCCCUAGAGAAUGAGAAGAGAUCGGGGUCUGAUAGUAAGUGCCACUGUACCAAAGAAGCGGGAAACGGGAUUGGCCUGCUAUCAAAAUGGUGCCGCCUCCAGCCAAUGAGAAUUAACUGUUGUUAAAAAAAAGCCAAUAAGAAACGUUUCUUUAAAACAUCCAAUUGCAGCGCGAGAUUUGAAAUGCAUGGGCUCUCUUCCAAUAGCGUAAGGGUGGCGUACUUCUCGUCCAAUGGUAACUAAGAACUUUGGAAACUUUAUUUGCAUCAUCCAGCCUAUAAAUAGAGGGACGGGGAAUAUCGCCCCAUCAUUCUUUCACUGCUUGUGCUCUGUGGAAGUUGUGACCUGAUUGUUGAAGAUGCCUGAGCCGGCCAAGUCCGCUCCCGCGGCCAAGAAGGGCUCCAAGAAGGCCAUUACCAAGACCCAGAAGAAGGGCGACAAGAAGCGCAAGAAGAGCCGCAAGGAGAGCUACUCCAUCUACGUCUACAAGGUGCUCAAGCAGGUCCACCCGGACACGGGCAUCUCCUCCAAGGCCAUGAGCAUCAUGAACUCCUUCGUCAACGACAUCUUCGAGCGCAUCGCGGCCGAGGCUUCCCGCCUGGCGCAUUACAACAAGCGCUCCACCAUCACCUCCCGGGAGAUCCAGACCGCCGUCCGACUCCUGCUGCCCGGAGAGCUGGCCAAGCACGCCGUCUCCGAGGGCACCAAGGCCGUCACCAAAUACACCAGCUCCAAGUGAGCUGGGCGCCCAUUUUUCGGUUGCCUGGGAAAGUGCUACAGAAACCCAAAGGCUCUUUUAAGAGCCACCCACUUUCUU